AUGAUACAAUAUGAUCAUAUUCUACGGUUUUUUAUAUUAAUUUUACUUAUUAUCAUCAGAUCAACUCAUCAAACUGUUUAUACAUGUAGUUCAAGUGUAUCAUGUGGUUGUUCAACGAAUUCUGCAACAGUAAGUCGCAUUGUUGGUGGAGAAGCUGCGAGUUCAGGUACAUGGGGUUGGGCUGUCUCAAUCUCUAUUGCUAAUACUUAUCUUUGUGGUGGAUCGAUUAUCUCAAGUUCAUGGGUUAUCACAGCAGCACAUUGUGUACAUAAUCGAGUGGCAUCACAAGUUACUAUUUAUGCUGGAUCAAAUACUCGAUGGUCUGGUACUCAAACUCGAACUGUAUCAAAAAUUCUUGUACAUCCGAGAUAUAAUUCGAGUGUCUAUGUGAAUGAUAUUGCUCUAUUAAAAUUUUCCUCUCCGUUGGAUAUGAGUGAUCCAUAUGUGAGUUCAAUUUGUUUACCAUCAGUUAGUCAGACAACAUUAUCAGCUGGUGAAUGGCCAUCAGUUGGAACAAAUGUUGUAGCUGUUGGAUGGGGUACAUUGAACGAGGGGGGUUCAUUACCAUCAACACUUCAGCAAGUUACCGUGCAAACAGUAGAUUAUCGAGCAUCGACUUGUAAUAGAACGAUGACUGAUUGGCAUGUACAAUUUUGUGCUGGUGUAUCAGGUGGUGAUACUUGCCAAGGUGAUUCAGGUGGUCCAUUGAUGAUGUUUAAUGCAAGCAAUCAAUGGGUAUUGGUCGGUCAGAAGAGUAGUGAUAUGGGNUCAGGAAUCAUCGAUUUCCUGGCUUAA